AUGAGACGCAAAGUUCGAAGAUCCGUCACCCACCUCACCGUUUUCGGCUGCAUCCUCUUCCUCAUCCUCUACCUGAACUGCUCGCCCUCACUAUCGCCGCUCAAGAAAAACCCCCAAACCUAUCCAUGGACUAGAGUCACCUACCAAACGAACUCGGAGGUUCUCCCACCAGCCCGUGGCAUCUGCCCGGGCCUCAAAGAAUCCUCAAAACCAGCCCUCGUCAUAUCCCGAGUCGAAGCCGAUGGCGAUCCCUCCUGGCUCGAUGUCCUAGACAAAAAGUACCAUCUCUGCGUAUACACCGUCGACGCACCGGAGAACCCUAAAUCCCAAUACCUUCAGGUCCCGCUUAACCGCGGCCACGAAGCCAUGACCUACCUCACCUUCAUCAUCGACAAUUACGACCAGAUCCCGACGCGCGGCGCCGUCUUCGCCCACGGCUCCCGCUUCGCCUGGCACAACGACCACCAGACAUACGACAACGCCGACCUCCUCGCCGCCCUCAACAUCCCCGCCGCCCUGGAACCAUGGGGCUACCACAACCUCCGCUGCGACUGGAGUCUCAGCACCUGUCCCUCCAAUGUCCCGCCCCAAGGCGGCCUCGAAAACGCCUUCACAGCCGCCUUCCAGCCCUGGAGCGCGCGCGCCGUAUCCGACGUCGCGCUCCCCAAAGCCCUCGACGCCCUAUUCGGCACUGGCGCCGGCAGCCAGGCCAAGCUGGGUCGCACGCAUACCGUCCGCUCGCAAUGCUGCGCGCAAUUCGUCGUCGCGAGAGAUAACAUCCGUCGCCAUUCUAGGGAGGAGUAUGUCGCGCUGCGACAGUGGUUGUUGGAUGCGGGGACUCACCGUAAUGCGGCGUCGUUGGAUGAUCGUACCUCCGGUCGUGUUCUGUCUUACAUCUGGCAUAUCCUGUUCAUUAACCAGAAUCCUGUGGCGGGGGUUUCGGAGGGGGUUGAUCUGGAGGCGUUGAAUCACCAGGCUUGUCCGUCUGCGAAGGAUUGUUACUGUCGGUUGUAUGGGAGGUGUGACCUUGAUCGGUGUGUGUCGGGCUCUUGCUUUGGGCAGUAUCGUCUGCCGAAGAAUUUGAGGUUACCUGAUGAUUGGGCGGAUACGCAUUGA